UCUGUAUUCUCGCGGUAGAUCACAUAUCUCGUUCUGGUAAAAGAGGGCUACAACAACAAUACCUGUUAACUUUCAAAACCAAGUGUCAAGCCUUCCAUGUCUGAACCCAAGUCCACAGAGUCCCCGGGUUCUGGAUGUGGUGUUCCAGCCCAGAGAAGCUCACAGCAGGGUCCAGAGAUGGUCUCAGUGAAGCUGGAAGACUGCAGUCAAACACUGGAACUCAAUGUGAUUGUCAAAGAGGAAUGGGAGGAGGAGAUACAAGUAAAAGAGGUUGAUCAGAGAGCAGUCAAAGAAGAGGUGGAGGAGAGGGGAGUAAAAGAGGUGGAUCAGAGAGGAGUCAAAGAGGAAGUAGAGAGAGCAGUCAAAGAAGAGCAGGAGAGAGCAGCCAAAGAAGAGCAGGGGGAGAGGGAAGUCAAAGAAGAAGAGCAGGGGGAGAGGGAAGUCAAAGAAGAGCAGGGGGAGAGAGCAGUCAAAGAAGAGCAGGAGAGAGCAGCCAAAGAAGAAGAGCAGGGGGAGAGGGAAGUCAAAGAAGAAGAGCAGGGGGAGAGGGAAGUCAAAGAAGAAGAGCAGGGGGAGAGGGAAGUCAAAGAAGAAGAGCAGGGGGAGAGAGAAGUCAAAGAAGAAGAGCAGGGGGAGAGGGAAGUCAAAGAAGAGCAGGGGGAGAGAGCAGUCAAAGAAGAAGAGCAGGGGGAGACGGAAGUCAAAGAAGAAGAGGAGAACAGGGAAUUGUCUGCUCCAGAUCUAGAGGAAGAGGAGGAAGAAGUAGAUAGUAUCACUGACCCAGGAGAGAGCUCCCAUCCAGGCUCAGACAGCGAUCCCAGUACCACAGCAUCAGGAAACCAUAAACGCAGGCAGAAGAACUCAAGACAGAAACAUCACCACUGCAUGGACUGCUUCACUGGUUUCUAUGAACCAAAGGAGUUGAAAAGGCACACUUGUAGGCCCCACCCCUGCUCAGAUUGCAGAGGCACUUUUAUUUGUCCGAUUCACCUCAAAUCACACCAACAAAGUCUCAAAAUAAAGAAAAUGUACCCGUGCGCUCAUUGUGAGAAGAGUUUUCGGACCCCAAGCAGCUUGAAGACGCACCAGCUUAAUCACACGGGAAAGAAGUCGUACCACUGCUUUCAGUGUGGGAAGAGGUUCUGUCGUGUAGACACCUUAAAGGCUCACAAGAGAAUACACACAGGAGAGAAGCCUUUUCACUGUUCUCAGUGUGGGAAGAGCUUCAGUGAUAUAGGAAAUCGAAAUAAACACCAGAGAAUACACACAGGAGAAAAGACUUACCAUUGCUCUGAGUGCGGGAAAAGUUUCAAUCAGUUAUCACAUUUAAAACCACACCAGCUAACUCACACAAGUGAGAAGCCUUUUAACUGCUCUCAGUGUGGAAAGGGUUUCAGUCUGUCAUCAUAUCUGAAGAAGCACCAGGUAAUGCACACAGAAGAGAAACCAUACAGCUGUGAUCAUUGUGGGAAGAGUUUUAAAUUGGAAGGAAUCCUUAAGCGUCAUCAGAGAAUACACCGUGGAGAGAAGACUUACCACUGCUCAGAGUGUGGGAAGUGUUUCAGUUUGUCAUCAUAUCUGAAGAGACACCAGCUAACUCACACAGGAUUAAAGUCAAACCACACAGGAAUAAAGUCACAACACUGCUCCCACUGUGGGAAGAGCUUCAGUAAGAAAGCUGACCUAAAGAAACAUCAGAGAAUACACACAGGGGAGAAGCCUUUCCACUGCUCCCAAUGUGGGAAGAGCUUUAAUGAGAAAGGAAAUCUAAAGCAACACCAGAGAAAACACUCAGGAGAGAAGCCUUUCCACUGCUCCCAAUGUGGAAAAAGCUUCAGUUGGGUAAGAGACCUAAAGAAACAUCAGAAAGUACACAAAGAGGAGAAGCCUUUCCACUGCUCCCAAUGUGGGAAGAGCUUCAAUGAGAAAGGAAAUCUAAAGCAACACCAGAGAAGACACUCAGGAGAGAAACCGUACAGCUGUGAUCAGUGUGGGAAUUGUUUUAAAUGGAAACAAAGCCUAAAGGAACAUCAGAAGGCAAAGCACAGUGCAGUGCCAGACCAUGGCCUUAUAAUUGUGUUGCCAAGCUGGGAAUCUACAUCUAAUUAAUAUUUACACUAACCAGGUUUCCAUCUAACCUUUUUAUGUGAGUAAACUUGGCUGUAAGCUUUUCAAAUGUCGACAAAACAAAAUAUUCUUGACAAGGUGGGAUCUUUUUGUGUCUGUAAAAUGUAUUAUGCGAGAAAUGUUGGUGGAAAUGCUUUUAUGUGCUAAUAUUGAUAUAGUAAUCAUCAUAUCAUCAUAUCAGCAAUCAUCAUAUGGGGCGGCAGGUUAGAGCAUUGGGCCAGUAACCGAAAGGUUGCUAGAUCGAAUCCUCGAGCUGACAAGAUAAAAAUCUGUCGUUCUGCCCCUGAACAAGGCAGUUCAGGGACACUGUUCCUAGGCCAUCAUUGUAAAUAAGAAUUUGUUCUUAACUGACUUAGAGGUUAAAUAAAUAAAAAUAUAUUGAAGUAAACGUGGAGUCACGCAAAGUCCUCCCACUACGACUCGUCGGGAAAGCAUGCAGUUUGUUAGGCUACAGAUUACAUAAAUUAUGAAGAACUUCACAGGCUGGAGAAAGUGCAAGGGCUCUUUUCCAAUAAAUAUCAAGGGUAUUAUUCUGGGGACAUGAUCAUCAAUGAUUGGCUGACAUGUGACAAAUAAAAAUAAUCUGGCUCUUUUGUCCAUAAUAAUGUCAUCAUGUAUACAGCUCACUGUAUCUGUGAGCUGUUGGCCUGUAUCUGUGAGCUGUUGGCCAGAGCACACGUGCCAAUUUAACGCAAAGUGUGUUGAAAGUGUGAUGGAAACACAUUGAACUUUAGGUUUUUAUUUGGGUACAUUAAAACAUAAGCAAACAAAUACAUUUAGUUUGCACUGAAUUUAUAUCUGCAACAAGUCAGUUUGGUGGAAACACACAACUGGUGGGAAAAUGUGCAUAUUAUCUUUAUGCUGGCACAUUUGUUAGGCCAAAUAGAUGUAAUAUUUGCUUCUGUAUUCUAGUAUGUUGAAUUAUGCAAAAGAGCAAGAUUUCUGACAACUUAAGACACCACUGAUCAAGUCGAGUCACAAGUCAUGAAAAUCGUGAAUUGAUUACGAGUCAAGUCUGAGUACUGGACUCAACAACACUGACAGCCACUCCUCUAUUGGAAAUGUUUUAUUUGUGAAAAUGUAUGUCAUUUCUCUAGUGUUGGUCUGGUCCAGAAACUAACUUCAACUAGACCCCCAUUGUAGAUCUGAAGAAACUGAUAAACAUCUUGUAUUUUUCUUAUUAAAAACAAACCCAUUUGAUUUAUUUUAGCUAAACUUCCAAAACCUUUAAAUUAGUCAGGUUUGACUUUAAUAGGUUUAAAUAUCACAUGCAGCUUUGUGUAAUCUUUUUCUGUGUCAUUAUGUUUGUGUUUAUUUGUGAUUCAAUGUCAGCGUUCUGAGACACCAUGAUGUAAAACUGAAUAUUACCAUACUGUUUUCAUGCUGCUUAGUGCUAAGUUUGGGCAUCGUUGAGGAUACCUGAUUGUAUUAUCACUACCUUACCUAACUGAAGAGAUUACAAUAGGUGUAGUAGCUCCAUUCAACCACAAGGUGGAACUAUCGACCCUUAAUAAAAACAGCUUGAGUAAAAAGUUGCCGAAAUUUUGCCAAACGGCCCGAUUUAAAUUUAAAAUGAUAAAUCCCAUAUUGGUCUUUCACAGUCAGGCCAACCCAAGCUGUACUGUGCAGUAGGCCUACUACUGAAACCAAUAAACAGAGUUAGAAAUUCACAGGUUUCAAACUUUCCCCAUUUUCUUUUUCGGGUCACACAUUUUUCCCCCCAGAAAAAUUACAAAAUUGUAGGUUCUAAAUCCACAACAAUGCUUAACCCACAUCAGGAGAAGACUUUUGAGGUCUGGGAAUAAUCUAACAUUUACAUUUUUGAGAGUAGUUACCCAUUGCUUCAAGUGUGCAGGCACCUAGCACUAUUGUCUGAUUAUAAGUGUUUCUGUAGCACAUGAGGGAGUUUGCAAAAUAAAUGGCCCCUGGAUUGACGCAAAUAAUCAUGAUAUCAUUCUGACAGGUAGGCAUAGGAUCCUUUGUAGCUAGUUAACAUUUAAUAUAGAAUGUUUUUGGGCGGGCCUUUCCGUCUACCAUAAGACGGUUAGGCCAAUCAUGAGCUUCGCUAUAUUUAUCCUGUUCCUUAAUUGUUUGACAUCUGUGUUUUACUUCAUAUUAUGAGGCAUAUCUUACAUUGCUUCAAACUAGCCUAUAGCUAAAAUCCCACCAUCGAAACGUUGAGGCAAUUAAUUUGUAUAAAGACUUACUCAUA